AUGUUUACUCGUCCUUCUGGUUGCUUUUUGAAAACUUUCAUCGCUCAUGGUCGAUGCCUCAGCGAAACCAAACGUGCAUUGUCCAAUGGUUCAUUUGUUCGCCAGCUUUUUGAACAAAUUACAUCAACAUAUACUUAUAUCAUCGCCGAUGGAAAAUCUCGAGAAGCCGUUAUUAUUGAUCCAGUGAUCACAACAGUUGCGCGAGAUGCUCAACUUUUGAAACAGCUCGGUUUACGUUUACGAUAUGCAAUUAAUACUCAUGUUCAUGCCGAUCAUAUUACUGGUAGUGGUAAACUGAAAGCAUUGAUACCUGGAUGUCAGAGUGUUAUAAGCAAAGUUAGCGGGGCAAAAGCAGAUGUGUUCAUCGAAGACGGUGAUGUGAUAACCAUCGGUGACAAAAAAGAUGGUUUGGCACUCGAAUGCCGAUCAACGCCCGGUCACACAAAUGGUUGUAUGACUUAUGUUUGGCAUGAAGGUGCCAGUGUUUUUACUGGUGAUUGCGUUCUUAUUCGAGGAUGUGGACGAACAGAUUUUCAACAAGGUGACUCGAAUAAAAUGUACAAAGCAGUACAUGAGCGGAUAUUCACAUUACCUGAUAAUUUCAUCGUUUAUCCUGGUCAUGAUUAUACCGGUCAAACUAGUUCAACGAUUGCAGAAGAAAAAAAUUUCAAUACCCGCUUAACGAAAUCACGUGAAGAAUUUAAUAGAAUUAUGAAGGAGCUUAAAUUAAGCUAUCCAUUACAAAUAGACAAAGCCGUUCCUGCGAACAUGAUUUGUGGUAUAUUACCCGAACCAUAA